CUGCUUGCAUCUCAGUAUCCAGAGUACUGCAAAGAUGGACGCAGGACCUUCCAAAUCUUCGACUCAGCCUGAGCCAGUGGACAGCUUGAUCAGCUCCGAGUCUGGCUCAGGGUUGAACAUCAGCUUGCAUCCAUUACCCAUCCUCAACAUUUCAGACCAUUACACCCGAGCGCGUUUAACGUCUCCGGACCACCCAGAGAAGCUCAUCGGAGCUCUGCUUGGUACUCAGUCCAACCGAGAUGUAUCCAUCUCUAAUUCGUUCGAACUGGUGUACCAGAUGGAACAUGGAGCUGCCGGUGGUGAUGUAGAUAUGUCUGAAGGAGCGAAUCGAUCACCCAAUAAGGGCAGCAAUCUGAACAUAGACUUUUUGACUCGACGAGGGGAUGAUUUCAAAGAGGUCUUUCCGACAUUGGACAUAGUCGGAUGGUAUACGAUCGGUCAGACGCCCACAGCGGAUCAUGCUAGACUCCAUCGACAGUUCCUAGAGAAAGUUGAUAGCCCCCUCUUUCUCCUCUUUGACCCCUCUCAACUUGGCGACGGUCUCCCCUUUUCAGUCUACGAAGCCUCAUUCGCCGACACAUCUUCCUCGUCCACUUUCACAGCGGCCGGAACCAAGUUUAUCAAAUUAGAUUACGCGAUUGAGACUGGAGAAGCUGAACGGAUCGCCGUGGAUGGUAUCUCGAGAGGGGAUGCAGGGGCCCAAGGUGAUGAGAGUGGCGUCGUUGGCAAUCUCACGACACUCCGAAAUGCUAUUGGCAUGCUGCAUGAAAGGAUCUCAAUCCUGACAGCUUACAUCACUGGUGUUAUCAAUAAAACGGCCGAACCAGAUCAGAGCAUUCUUCGGCAGCUGUCUUCUCUGGUAUCGUCUUUACCGACCAUUGACUCUGUAGGGUUUCAAGAGGAGUUUAUGACUGUACGUUGUGACCGUCAUCGCUUGAGCUACCUUAUUGUCGAUCUGAUCUCCUCAUGCAGGAAUACAGCGAUGUUCAAUUGGCCAAAUACCUAUCAAGCUUGACAAAACAACUCGACGCCCUGGCUGAUUACGCUGAGAAGCACAGUAUCGUCUAUCCUUCUCGAAACAACGCUGAAGGUUUCUACAACGGAGGCGGCGCUGGUGAUCCUGCAGGCCGAGGCGGACCUGCUAGAGUCAUGGGUGGGUUUGACAUUCCUGGAUCUUCAGGUGGUCCAAGAUCGCGAAGGAGAGGAUGAGGCAGCAGAACGGUAUGCCAUAAUUAUGGGCGAGGCCUCAGGGGCCCAAAAGCAGGUUUGUAGCAUACUUUUCUCAUUCAUCCCGGCAUGUAUCAUACUCACUGCUGA